ACUCUGAAACAUUUAACAGCCAGUACAGGUGGAACAGGUCUUAGGUGGUUACACUGAUCUCAAGUGAGACAACUGAAAUUAAUCAAGACGCGGAGGAAGCUGCAGGUCACAGUAAGACACUCAGACCAGAGUCUGCACUACACAGCUGUGUGACCAUGAAGAAUGACCAGGACAUGGAUGAUCCUGGAAACAUGAGCAGCACAUCAACACAGCCCAAUGCAGGAACUGACCAUGCUUCAGUAAGCAGAGCUCGACCACGUUUGCUGAGAUAUGCCUGUGAGCUCACACUGGACACAAACACAGCAGGCAGAUGUCUCUCUCUCUCUGAGGGGAACAGAAAGGUGACACAUGUGAAAAAGGAGCAUCUGUAUCCUGACCACCCAGAGAGAUUUGUCUUGUGGGAUCAGGUGUUGUGUAAAGAGGGAUUGUCUGGACGCUGCUACUGGGAGGCUGAGUGGAGUGGGAGGGGGGCUUAUAUAGCUGUGGCGUAUAAAAGCAUCCAGAGGAAAGGGGGGAGUGAUGACUGCCUGCUGGGACAUAAUGACAAGUCCUGGAGUCUGGAGUGCUCUCCUCAUACAUACUCUGGCAGUUACUCUGCCAGACACAAUAAUGAAGACACAGACAUACCUGCCCCCUCCUCCGGCUCCAGAACAGUAGGAGUGUACCUGGACUGGCCGGCCGGCACUCUGUCCUUCUACAGCAUCUCCUCUGACACUCACCCACCAGCCCACGUUCUACUCCACAUUCACUGA